GGAUAUCCUCCAACUCUGCAUCGUAUGACACUGCCACGACCAGGGCAAGGAUCAGGAAAAGUUGUAUUUGGAUUCAAACUGAAUGAGCAGCAUUCAUCUGUAUCCGGUAUGUCUCAUUCAGGCGCGCUAUGUUUCAACUUUCGUAGUCAUUGGAUAUGACGCGCAGAUAGCAGGUAGACAAGACUUGAGAGAUUACGCCCAGGUUGCUGGCUCGGCCAUCGGCAAGUGUGUCGCACGCCGGCCGGAGUGUAGAUACUUCUUCGCGAGAGGAAGAAUUCAUAUUAUCUUCAUGCUACUCAUCAACGUGAAACCUCGGUGCGAGCCUACGUACGUGGUUCCUAGAUCACAAUCGGGGAAGAAGAAUCAGCUGGAGGCCGCGAGGCAGAGAUGCUACGGGGCGGAACAACGAAAUCACGUUUUCUCCCAAGCAUUCCCAACUGUUACAGUGUCUACAAGGAAUGGCUGCGACACUCGCGUACAGUUCCUCCAAUCGAAGAUCUUGUACAUGAUACAGCGCCAUCUCACCGUCCACAUACUCAGUCAUCACCGUCUCGUGUAUUUCGGUCGCCAUGGGUUUAUCCUGCCGUUCCGUGUUCAAAGAGGGCCGGGAGGACGAGCCACGUCAGCGGAGCUCAAGGGCUGAAAGAUCGAAAAGGCUCAUCAUGAGCUGUCCCACUGGUUAAGCUGCUGUUGACUGCGGAAAGAGUAUGUCUUUUCAAACCUCAGGGUGUGUGUCAUCCCUGAUUUUGUGGUCUGGACGCUGACGCCCUCCAGGCUUCCUCAGAGACGAAC